CCUUUAUAUUUUAAAUAUAGUGCGUGUAGAAUUUUUUUUGAUUUUUUAGAAUCGUUUUUACGUGUCUUUCAUUGAAUAUUUUUUAUCGAAAGAAUAUCUUGAGCUGGUUUGAGAAUUUAAAAAGCCUGCGGUUCCCACUUCAAUCUUAUGUUUUGUUUCUGAAUUGAGAUGAAUUUGAUACUCGUGUUUUUAUUCUGCUUAGCUGUACGCACUGCCUCAGUUUUCGUAGUAAAAACGUUUUAUGUUCCUGAUGAAUAUUGGCAAAGUUUGGAGGUAGCACACAAAAUUACAUUUGGAUACGGCUACUUAACAUGGGAGUGGGUGGAGGGAAUACGUAGCUACAUAUAUCCCGUUAUCAUAGCUGGAAUUUAUAAAAUUUUGGCGUUGCUGAGUCUGGAUACUGUGAAAUGGCUGAUUAUCCUUCCUCGUUUACUACAGGCUACUUUGUCGGCAUAUUCCGAUUAUCGAUUUUUCAUUUGGACAGGUAAAAAGAAAUGGGGACUGUUUCUCAUGGCAGUGUCUUGGUUCUGGUUUUAUACCGGCUCGAGAACACUAAGCAAUACGUUGGAGACGUCAUUGACAACUAUUGCUUUGAGUUACUUUCCAUGGAACGGUGAAGGUGUAGCAUAUUUGUGGCCAGCUGCUUUGUGUGUUUUCCUGCGACCGACCGCCAUGAUUAUAUGGCUGCCAUUGGUUUUCUAUCACCUUCACAAAUCCAAAUUAAGAUGGACGGAAUUAGUAUUUAAGCGAUUCAUUGUUGUUGGAUUACUUGUUGCGGCAAUCUCCGUGGGUAUCGACUCCUACAUGCAUGGCCGCUUUCUCAUUACUCCAUAUGAGUUUCUCAAGUACAAUGUUAUUCAAAAUAUUGGCAGCUUCUAUGGCUCCCAUCCAUGGUAUUGGUAUUUUACAGUUGGUUUGCCUACAGUUUUGGGCAUUAAUUUUCUGCCUUUUCUAUUUGGUACCAUCGAAACUAUUCGUCAUAGCCGUGCAUAUCCAACACGCAAAUACCUGUUGUUGACCGUUUUUCUAUCUCUGAUUAUAUUAAGUACUGUAGAGCAUAAAGAAUUCCGAUUUGUAUGUGUUCUACUGCCAUUAUGUUUAUAUAUUGCCUCAGAUACCUUAACCAGAUGGAGUUACAAAGCGUCAAGGAUUUCGUUGUGGUUUGUUGCCAUUCUAAUAAUUGUUGGCAAUGCUAUACCAGCCUGGUACUUAAGCACGAUUCAUCAAAGGGGACCAAUUGAUGUUAUGACAAAACUGAAUCAUAUAGCAUCAGAAUACAAAUCCGAACAGAACCGCCCUGCAAACAUACUCUUCCUAAUGCCAUGCCACUCCACUCCGUAUUAUAGCCACAUCCAUCAAAACGUCACUAUGAGGUUUUUAACGUGUGAACCAAAUUUGAAAGAUACACCCAAUUACAAAGAUGAGGCGGAACUCUUUUUCGAGUCACCAGUACAUUGGUUACGUUCUCAUAUUCCUUCGUACCCACGCUCGGCAAAGCCUUCUCACGUGGUACUGUACGAACCGCUAGCAGACACAAUAAACGAAUUCCUUGUUGACUACAAGCUAUUGGAAAAGGUUGCGAAUGCGGAGGUAAAAAAUGUUGAUCCCCAAAUCCUCCUGAAAAAGUGGUCCGUCCUUGUAAAGGAAAAUCAGUUUAAUGCUGAUUCUCUUUUACAGUACAUUAAUUCAAGGACUGGAAGGAACAUUCUUAUUUAUCAACGUUUACGUGAUGGCGAAGAAAAUAAGUUUAAUCGAAAUGAAUUCAGAAGUGAGGACGAAUUGGUGGUAAAAUAUCCAGAUUUAGCAGAAUUUAAGAACAUCGAUGGUGUAUAUGAUGAAGUGGAAACGGAACAUAAUCUGUUCAACUAAAACAUUUAAAAAUGUUUCUUUUAUAUAGUCCAUGAUCAACUGGUACAAAUACUUUCCUCUAUAAGCUAUGCAUUAUGUAUAAUUAAUUUUAGUUAACGUAUUUAAUUACAAGUUAUCACAAACUACAUGAUUUUUUAGCUCAUCGAUCUAAAUAUUUACUACAUUAGUUUGAUUUAACAUUGUAAAAUUUUCGGUGUUGUCGGUAAAAAAUUCAAGUGCAAAUAAUUAAAGUUUAAGAAGAUUUAUUAAUAAAAAUUUUAACUAAAAAACGGCAAUAA